AACUAAACUCAUUAUAUCAGGAUGUAUUCAGAACACCAUGGCUGCGAUCUGUCCUAAGUACCUCGAACACGGUUUCUGUAUCCACGGUUCCUCCUGCACCCUCCAGCACAUAGACAAGCCACCCACACCCACCGCGCUUCAGAUGAACGGAAACAUGUUGAAAACAUCCUUCGGUAACCUAACUCUAGAUGACAUAUCCUCGACUCCCAGUUUCAUACCUGCCUCACAUCACGUGAUACGGAGUGAGCCAGUCCAGGCUCCUCUCCAAGCUCCUCUCAUGCCUCCUCCAACUCACAUGGAGUAUUACCUUCCCUCCACGCGCAUGGACAUGCCCACGCGCGCCUUUAUACCCACCCCGCCUCAUUUAGAGAAACCAAGCGCAGAUAACAGCACAGGCAGUGAACUAUGUGAUAUGUUAAUGUACCAACAAAGUAUUACGUCUCUCUAUAUUGAGAGUAAGUUGCCAGAUGUGGAGAAGUAUUACGCGCUCCACCCGUUGGAGCCCGAGCACCCGACAGUGGAACCUCAGGGUAACAUGUAUACGUUUUCCUAUCCUAGUGUUUGUUACCGGGCUUACAGCAGCGUAGAUGGGUGUGUUUAUACGUUACAUCGCUACAAAAACUGUCAAAUUAACACUUUAGAAACGAAGAAGAUCCUAGAUCGGUGGCGCGCAAUCAGCCACCCUAACAUCGUCACUGUACAUGAGGCUUUCCCAACCAAACAGUUCGGCGACAAUUCAUUUGUUGUUGUGUAUGAUUUUUGUGCUGGCGCCAGAAACUUCAAACAGCUACAUUUUCAGAAGGAACAAGGUUUUCUUGAUGAGUCUCUGUUAUGGAAUUAUAUCAUACAGUUAACAUCUGCUAUACGGACAGUGCACGCUAAUAAACUUUCUUGCAGGAUGAUUAAUCCAUCUAAAAUUAUAGUAACAGCUAGAAAUAGGCUGAGGUUAAAUUGUCUGGGUGUCAUGGAUUUGUUGAUGGGCUCCGUCCUAGAUGACCCAUCCAAACCAUUUGUAGUCCAACACCAACAACAAGAAGAUAUAGUGGAGCUGGGCAAGCUUAUCGUUUGUAUUUCCUGUAAUUCCAUCUCGGCUAUCCACCAAUCAAACCUCUCCAAAUCCUCAGACGUCAUAUCAUCCACAUACACGGCAGAUGUCCGAACAUUACUCCAACAUUUGCUCAACAAGUCGCCUCAACCAAGGAAAAUCAAUGAUUUGAUGCCGAUGAUUGGCGCUCGGUUUUACACACACAUCGAGCGAUUACGGGUUGAAAACGAUACCACCCAAAACGAGUUAAUGAAGGAGCUAGAAAACGGGAGACUAUUUCGGGUAUUGUGUAAGAUAAACUCAGUUCUAGACCGGCCCGAACACAUGUUGGAUCCCGGAUGGUGUGAAACUGGCGAGCGUUACAUUCUCAAACUCUUCCGAAACUACAUGUUUCACAAGGUGGAUGAGUUGGGCGCGCCCUGGAUUGAUCUCCCGCAUCUUCUAAUGUGUUUGAAUAAACUUGAUGCAGGCUCGCUUGAACAACUUAUGCUCACCUCGCCUCACGAGCAGAGUGUUAUUAUUUGUACUUACAAGGACAUCAAAAAUAACUUCGAUAAGUGUUUUAAUGAGAUUUUCCUGAUGCAGGGUAAUUUGUAAGGUAGGGUGAGAUGUGACGUCAUGCCACGUGGUGUGACGUCAUGCCACGUGGUGUGACGUCAUGCCACGUGGUGUGACGUCAUGCCACGUGGUGUGGUGUUCCGGCGUCACAAGGACACAGCACAGCCAGAAAAUUUGGUUUUUAGCCGGUAAAACUGGUGUUGUUCUCUCGCCCGAUUGGUUAUAUAUAUUUGAGAAUUGAGAUUGCCAAGUUUAACGCGUGAGCAAAUUCUGCAAGAUUUAUUGAUAUUGUGCCAUGAGCAUGUUAUGAUCUGUAAUACUUCAUUGAUAAUUGAAAGUUAAGACCGGGUUGGUGAACAUUGAAAAUUUGUUUGAAUUCUUUUUAAUCAGAGGUGAUCGAAAAUUUGUAAGAGCAUGUCCUAUUUUUAGAUUUUUAGUAAUUUUAUAGUAGCUGCCUCGGGUAUUUAAAGUUGUAUAGGACAGUGUUUCUGACUUAGGGGUCGUUCACAUAUUACGUUAUCAGCCGAGGGGGAGGGGGGGUUUCUAAAUAAUUAUGCUAGUGUAAUUUUUACACAAUAGCUAUGUGUAAAAUUGAUUGCGGAGGGGGGAGGGGAGUUCAAAAUGGGCCAAAAAGUGAUUACGUAAUAUGUGAACGACCUCUUGGGUAUUUAACGUUGUAUAGGACAAUGUUUCUGACUUAUCUUCGACAACAACAUGCUACAAUAAUUUGUAUGGGAAUGUUUCAUUUUCACCUUAACAUUUUUUUGAAAAAAUCUUUAUUACCGGUACAUAAAAACUGGUACAUACAUAACUAAAAGCGAUGGAGAAUGUAAAAUUACACAUAAAAAUCCGAGUAUAUCCCGAUUAUAUAUAUAGUAUGAUUUACGAAAUUGUAGAGCAACAAUAUCCCACCAAUCAAACAUUAUUGAUAUAAUAAUGAAUUUGCUAUUCAUUGUUAAUUUGGAUUUUGAUAUCUUAAUAAUAUGUUAAUAAGGGUACCAAAUUCCAACCGCAGUUUUCUUCUCCUUUGAAUUAUUUUGUUGAUAUAUAUAAUGCUCGAAUUUAUAUAAUAUAAAUUUUCAUAACUUUUAUCUUCAACAAGUUGAUUGAUCAGUUACUUUUACUUUUUGACUUGUAGUAUUUGUUACGAUGUUUUAAACGCGAUAUCAUUACGCAGAACCCUGUAACUGCAAUAUAAUUGUAUUCCUUAAUUUUUUUUUCUAGCGCGGUAUGAAUUUUAAUUAGGGUUUGAUUUUUGGACCGUUUGUAAUGGUUCUUGUCAAUGCUUAUUUUGAUAUCAAUGCUGUAAGGGAUAGUGUAAUCACUUCAAGGACGUUAAAUUUUUGUGAUGCAACUUUGAAUUCUUAUCGAAACUUCUUGAAUAUUCUACAUUUUUCUUGCCCUACAUAUUUCCCCCUAAGAUAAGUUACAACCUUGAAAAUUGAAACCUUCAGCUUGAAAGAUGCAAACGAUAAUUUCCUAAAGAAAGAGGCAGCAUUUAGGAAAUAACGCUCACCUAAUUACCUAAUUUAAGAAAUAAUGCUCACCUAAUUAAUUACCCAAUUACGCUCACCUAAUAAUGGAUCUAAAUUGUAUUAUGUGUUUAAUGAUGAUGUGUAUACUGUAUAGCUUGAAAGUCGAAUAAUUUCAUAUUUUGUUUUUGAGUUAAGAAGUACUUUAAAUCAUGUUUAAAACUUCAUGUUAUAGAAAAGUGGGCCCUUGAAAUUAGAGAGCGUUCACAAAUUAUUUAUCUCUCGAACAAGGGGAUUCCAAAAUGUAACGGAAUGUUCGGGAAGUCUAGAGAGGGUGUGGUCCUACAACCUUACUUAGGCCGGACGUUACAAAUACCUUGCUUCUGCGAGUGCAGUUUUACAAUAUCAGCAAUAUUGCAAGUCAUCAUUUAGUAUGUAUGGCAUUGAGCCAGGAUUUUAGGGCAGUUAAAUCUAAUUCGUUAUUUAUUUGGUAGUUACGGUUAAAUGCUUAACUCCAUCGAGUAUGAUUGAACACUGGCGCGCACAAAAUGACUUUCUAAAACAGGACCUAAAGGGAGGGUCAAUUUUAUGCAAUAUCUGAUAGAACUGACAGUAAUGACACAAUUACAGUCGUUAAUGUGAUCUUUUGCACAAAGGUUAUGAAAUCUAUAGUGUGGAUCGUAUCGCAAUUUACAAAGGGUGGGGUUAACCAAACUAUCGAGGUGGCAUUUGUGAACGCUCCCUCAAGAGUAAAUCCCAACUUUCUCCACGGCCCCCUACAAAACCUUUAUCCUUCCACAAAUACCUGCCACGUCACAAAUUUUGAUUUAAAGUACUCUUUAAGAUAAUUUUCCGUAGUUAUUGAGCUACAAACUGACUGCAAAUAAGUUUGGUACCUUUUUAUUGAAUUUUGUGAGUGAACGAAAGAAAGAAAGAGAGAGAGAGAGAGAGGCAAUGAAGUAUGUGAUUAUCAGUUUUUGGUCACCAAUUGGCGAUGAAUUUAGUUUGAUGGGUUCCAAUUUAAAGAGGUGUUUAACCAUCUUAAUAAUAUUUCAAAACUUAA